AUGCAUCUUGCCCUCGCGAGGUCCCCACGCCGCUACUUUUUGUAUCAGCCCAAGACUGGGAUCCCGACUCGCAUCAAGGGCAAGCUCUCAUCUGAUCUUAUGCCUGUGCUAAAACAGCUCAGGAUCGACCUUCUGACGACCAUGUUUUCCAGCAAAGGAUUUACCUGCGUACAUUGCGACUUGUCCAGCCCUGAGUCCUCCACGGCGCAUGACUCAAGCUUGGUGAUCAAGCACUUCAUGAACGGUGAUCAAGGGUCGAGCUCUCACUACACGACAUUGACGGCGAUAACCUUAGACCUCAAGACCUCUUUCCGGCUGUCAGGGCACGCCUCUUUCUUUCCGCCUGUUCUGUAUGCCCGCUCUGCGGCUGCUCUGAUAGCUCAAGCGUACAUCUCGUCCAAUCCCGUUUCUGCGAUGAUACUUUCCGGCACUAUACCGGCAAACAACGCCCAGGUCUCGCCGAAGUUGCUCCCCACCGAGUUCCCCGAGUUCAAUUUCGAACCCAAAUUCCCAAUCGCCCUUUUGACUUCGAAGAUGCACCUGGAGCAUCUCAACCAGAACUCCAAUCGCCUUUCGCAGGAUCCCAAUGUGAGCUUGUUAGAGUGCGAAGACUUGGAGAGUUCAGAUGCCGUGUCGAAGAUGGAGCUCUGGAUGGACGAGUUGGGCAUUUGA